AUGGCUCCUGGACCAAAUUGUUCUCAUUCACUUAUUCUGCUGGGGGAAGGAUGGUUUACCGGGGUUUGGCCUCUGUACCUGCCCCAGCUUCUUGGAGCCACAGAAGGUUCUAAAGUUGGUUUUGACUUGAGCGAUGCCUUGAAUGAUGAAAAUGAUAGAUUCAAUGGUGGUGGAGGCAGGCCCAAUCUAAAACCUGGUGAAGGACUAACGGAUAAGGAUCUAGAAGGUAUUAUAGAGGACGGCUACAAACCCGAUAAGGGCAAAGGUGAUCGAAGGUAUGAUAGCAAUGAUGACCCUGGAACCGGAACAAUAGCAGAAACGGGGACAAUUGCCGGCAUAGCCAGUGCCCUUGCAAUGGCACUCAUUGGAGCAGUCUCCAGUUAUAUUUCCUACCAACAAAAGAAAUUUUGCUUUAACAUUCAACAGGGUGUCAAUACAGACUAUGUCAAAGGUCAAAGCCUGGAAGGUGUGAGCACUGAAGAACCUCAAGUUAAAUAUUCAGCAUUGCAAACUCAGUCUGCAGAGAAACCUUCCCAAGAGACUGCAAAGAUCUAAUCUAAGUCCACAGCAAAUGCAUACAUAUACAUUUCAGAUGCUUGUAAUUUUGCUUAUUUAAUUUGGAUUGAAAGCUGUUCUCCAGCUCUCUGGAAUAACAGGCUUCUUAUUGACAAGCUUUUUUGUGGGUGGGGAGGAUUUGGUUAUUUAUGUUGGGCUGAAAAAAACUUAGUGUUAAUAUGUUUAAAAGUGAUUGGGGUCACAAAAGUGUGAGAUAACUGGCCCAUCCCCUCAUGGAACAGAAGUGUCUAAGAGGAGGGUUGAUGAAAACCCAGGAGAAGAUUUCUUCUAGCUCCUUGGGACCACUGGCUCCCUUGUACUCACAGACAGCAGUUCUUCCAAGGAAGUACAGGCCUGUGCUUCUCUAGUACAGUUGGGAAAUUGAAAUAAGGUACAGAACUUAGGUAGUCAGGGGUGAUAUAGAAAUAGAACAAGGGAAAAAAAAACGAAAUCAGAAACUAAGCAUAAGAAAGAGAUGCAAAUGAGCACUGAGGUCAUUGAGUAGAGUUAGAAAAAUCCUACUACUAUAUAUUUAUUUCAGGGUACCCAAACCUGGACUUUUUUUCCCCUAAAACUUUGAGGGGGUAGUCUUUGGCAUGUGCAACCUGACUCAGCUUUCUAAAAGUGGGAAAUACAGGUUGUUUUUUUUUUAAACUUUCCCACCCUAGAAAAAAAUAAAUUAUAGAAAAGUGUCUGUAGCACUUAUUAUUUACUUAUAUUAUGUUGUGACAAAGAUAACAUUACCUGUUAGUAUAUGGGAACGUGCUUAUGUCUGAAAAACCACAUUUCUUUUUGAGAGCAAGAGGGGAUUGUUGUUCGUUUUUAUUUUGGAGAACAUAUCCUUUAAUCCUAUGAAAAUUAACUAGCAGAAAAGGCUUUCUUGGCUAUCACUUAGAAAACUGAAUGCAUUCGUGUAAUGUAAUUAUCCUAGGCCCUGAACACAUGUCCAAGGGGCAGGAUGCAAAAAGUUUUUCUUAUGUGUUUGUCAAGUUGAAAGAAAUUUGGUGCUCUCACCUGGCCCCAGGCCAUUUGGGGUUCUGGUCCCCACUGGGCCUCUCUGUGACUUUGGGAGAAUGGUCAGUAUUUCAGUUUCCUUCUCUACACAAUGAGAGAUCUGAAAUGAUCACUAAGGGUUCUUUGCCACUCAAGAUCUGAGACCUAUUCAGAAUAGGAACAAAGUAGCUUAAAAUUGAACUAUCAAGAGCUAUUUUAGAAGUAAAGAUAAAAAACAUUUUGCAGGGCAAGUAGAAUGAAUUGUAUUUGCAGUGAACCUCUCAACAGCAUUCUAGUCAUGCUUACCUGGAUUGGCAUAUCCACAGUUCCCACACAAGUAAGUCGUAACCACUCUGUGUUCCUAUAAAUAUUUUUAAACUAGUCUAACAAUACUCUCAUAAAAGAAAUGUCUUGUGAAACUUUUUGGAAGUUCUUUCUUAGCUUUAAAGCUGUGUUAAAGAAUACCGUGUUAAUAAACACAAAGAAAUCGUUUCCUUCCA